UUACAGAGCAGCAACUUCCCAUGUGUCCUUUCGGAGGAAGUUUCGCUAAGUAUUGUAGAGAAUAUUGGUGUAAUAUAACGGCAUUAUCUGACAGAUGACAGCUAGCCUAAUAGCGGUGCUGUGGACUCUUUAGCUAUAGCUCGGUAGGUUUUUGAAAGUGUUUGACAGGAGUGAUUGACAGCUGCUGCUUGGAUACAGCGGUAGAGACGCAGGUUUCAGAGUGAAACUCUUCGGUCAGUGGACAUGAAUAUUUCACCGUGAACUGCAACAUAACUGCGUUUGCUAGCGUCGGACAUCGCCUUCUGUCUGUUUCGAGCUAACGAUGCCCCUCGGCCCUGCUAACCAUUCUCAGUUGAUUCGCUCCAUCCAGAAGGACGAAUACUAUCAAACUUGCCUGAAAAACAACAGCAACGAAGCUUUUCAGACACUUGCUGGUUCCAAACGAUGGUUGGACUGGAGGAAAGAGAUAGAGCUGCUGUCAGAUUUUGUCUACUAUGGUUUAACAACAUUCUCCGGUUACCAAACUCUUGGUGAGGAGUAUGUCAGCAUCGUGCAGGUGGAUCCCAGUAAACGGCACAUCCCCUCCCGGGCAAGACGAGGCUUCUUUGUCCUCUGUCAUGCCCUCUUGCCGUAUCUCCUGGACAAGGUCCUGGUGUGCCUGGAGAACGAGCUGGGUGGUGGGCAGGAGAGCCUCAGCGGUGUCAGGCGGCGGCAGACAGCUGCCGGGACAUGGAGCCUGGAGGCUUGGCUGAGGAGGUGGGUGCAGACAGCAGUGGGGCUGUUGUCAGAGCCACAGAGGACAGCGUGCCUGCCGGCCAUUUGUGUCCUCCGACAGGGUCUGACCCUCCUGCACCAGUUCCAUGUGGCUAUGUUCUACCUCAGUGGCUGUUUUUAUCACCUAUCCAAGAGGAUGGCUGGUAUCAGCUAUCUGCAUGUGAUGGGGCGACACAGCAGUGACGGGACCAUCAGGAGCAGCUACAGGCUGCUAGGUGCCGUGUCCCUCCUUCAGCUGGUCAUCACUGUUUGUCUCCAGCUUAACAAUUUCAGACAGAGACAGAGAGCCAGGAUGGAGUGGAAGCUCUACAGAAAGCUCAGUCCUCAGCGCACAAAGAGCUCAAGCUCCAGAGUUGCCCGCUGUAUCCUCUGUCUGGAGGAGAGGAGACACUCCACCUCCACCCCCUGUGGACACCUCUUCUGCUGGGAGUGCAUCACAGAGUGGUGCAACACCAAGGCAGAGUGCCCCCUUUGUCGGGAGAAGUUCCAGCCUCACAGACUGGUGUACCUCAGGAACUACAGCUAGAUCUACAGAGCCAGACAUCGAACAUACACAGACUUUAAUACUUGCCCCUCGGGAACACAAGAAGACCGAAAUAAUGUUUUACAACUUUAACUUGGUGUUCCAACAUAUUGUUUCUUCUUCAGGUUUAACCUUUGUUAUUUUUGUUAUUUUCUAUUUUUGUUUAUUAACAGAAGAGAAGCUGUCGAAUUCAAAUGAAACUUUGAAUCGUCUCAAUAAAAUUGUGUAAAUAUCACUUCUAUAUAAAACUUUACAAAGAGGAUAAUAAAUUGCAGUUCAUUUACA